AUACUAUGCCACCCAUCAGUAUUUCUUAUCGAAACGCAGCCUGUACCUCGUAGUAUGGCGCAUCACAGAUGGAUACAAGGGUAUAAACGAAAUCCUUCAAUGGCUCGUCAACAUCCAGGCUAGAGCCCCGAAUUCUCCCGUGAUCAUAGUCGGGACGCAUUUCGACGUCGUGCAAGAAAACAAUCCGAGCGUUUCCGAAGAGUAUCAGCAGAUCAUUAGAGAGAGAUUCAUAAAUAUAGUUGAUGCCGAGAAAUGUGGCUUGCCAAGGGUGCUGGACACGAUAGAGAUCAGUUGUAAGACCAGACACAAUAUCAAGCUGCUUUGCAACCUGAUAUACGAUACAGUGUUCAGUCUUCGACCUCCUGGAAGUAAAGAGCUGUUACUAGAACAAAGAGUACCGGCGACGUAUUUAGCUUUAGAAGAUGUUAUAAAUUACAUAGCAUCGGAAAGACGUCAAAAUGGAUGCGAUCCAGUAUUGAAUGCUUCGCAAUACAGGACCCUCGUUACUACGGAAAUGUUGCAAAGAUACAAUAAGACAUUCAGGGACUGGUCGGAGUUACAUCAAGCUACUUUGUUCUUGCAUGAAAAUGGUGUUCUUUUACAUUACGACGAUGCAACCCUGAAGGACCUGUAUUUCUUGGAUCCCCAAUGGUUAUGUGACAUGUUAGCUCACGUUGUUACAAUUAGAGAAAUAAAUCCUUUUGCUAGAACGGGAAUUAUGAAAUUAGACGAUUUAAAGCAUAUAUUCAAGGCUAGCAACAUCGGACCCAUGGAUACAAGGUACACUUAACUUACAACCUUGCUAAAUUUCCCCACGAUUACCGAUUCGAUUUUGUCUUAUAUUUCAGAGGCUACAUAGUAAAUUUACUGAACAAAUUUGAGGUAGCUCUGACUUGGGACUCACGUACUCUCCUCAUACCAUCUCUUUUACCAUCUGAAGAGGAUAUUCUUAUGGCUCAGAUGUAUCCGGGUCAAUUUCAUCCUAUGGUUACGGUAAAAGUACCGCUCAGAUCCAGAGGCUGGGCUGUGAGGAACAAGAAGAUCAGUGUAUCACCAAAGUCACUGCUGUACAGGGAUCAUAGUGCGCAAAGAGGAUUCGAGAUGAACAUGCCUAGUGCCUCAUCGUCGCCUGCAAGGAACGCACAGCCAUUUGAAGAGUUGCAUUACCAAAUAAAGAGCCAACCUUCCGAAAAAUCUAUGACUCGCCUUCUACUGAUGUCUUAUUUCCCGAGUGGCUUCUGGUCCCGCCUGAUCUCCCGUAUUCUGGCAGACGACACGAUCAUAGAUAUUAUCAGAUCCAUUUUCAUGCCACCGAAAGAAGUUUCUCAGGAUCCCGAUCUGGUGAGGCUCCUGGAUUUGAAGGCGGAGUGGGUGCUAUGGCAAACGGGAUUGCAGCUGAAAUAUGGAGAUAUCACGCUGUUCAGAAUGAAGGAGGUGUUGCAUAAUAGUGCUGCGCAUUACAGGCAGUUAAGGUUCCGUCUGAAACAAGAAGGAUCAUGGGUCGACGUCGAUAUGCAGAAUUCUUCAAUAUUAGAAAUAUACUUUCCCGUAUAUUCUUUGGUCAUCAAGCCCGUCAUAAACGAAAACAGCGAUUUGAGUCAGUUGAAAAUUAAAGAAGAGGUAGUAAUCGAACCCACAACGGAAUGUACUUCGCAGCUCUUAGCUACCACAGUAGAUCACAUCGAUAUCCUUCUAGAGGACUGGUAUCCAACUUUAGGCACACGGUUCGUUCAUACUUCCGAAGGAAAAUUUUUAAUCACCCGUUUGAUACCUUGUCCUCAGUGUCUGAAACUGAACGAAGAGCAAAACACGAAUGAAUUUUCGUUCCCUAAUCCACAGCUAUUGGAAGCUAUGGGACAAGCUCAUGAACAAGGAUUUAAUGACAGGCACAGAAUACGCAAGUCUCAAGAAUCGUAUACAUCAGAAUGCGACAGUGGCGUUGGUCCAGAGUCAACAGGAUCUAGUAGGAUUCCUUCAGCGGAAGGACACCCCGGUCUACAAGCAGCAGAGGAAGGGGUGGAAAAACCUGUGUAUUACUCUUGGAUGGUAGAGGAGUGCAUUUUGGCAGCAUAUCAAGAUAAAGCCGUCUCAUGUCCGAUCCAUGGAACCUGCCCUUUGUCUGCAAUAGCUCCUGAUACGAUGUUUAUGGAUCUUGGCGAGAGAUAUGUGAUCCGCCCUGAGAAUAUAAAGAAAGGAAAAUUGCUGGGUAGAGGGGCAUUUGGCUUUGUCUUCAAAGGCACGUGUAAAGUGAGAGGAUCUAAUACCAUGAUGGAUGUAGCGAUGAAAAUGCUCCAACCAGUACAACCCGGUCCGAAUGCCAGGCAGUCUGCUGUAAUUGCAUUUAAGGCUGCCCAAGGAAAGUGGGACAGAGAUCCAUUGCAAUACGCUUGUAAAGCCUAUUGUACAGCCAGACAAGAAUUGAACAUCCUGCUAUCCCUCAGACAUCCAAAUAUCGUCCCCUUUGUGGGCGUUUGCACUAGUCCUUUAGCUCUAGUUUUGGAUUUGGCGCCUCAAGGUGCUCUGGACUUGGUUUUGCGGCAUUACCGAAGAUCCGGCGCCAAAGUGGGCCCUUAUACGCUGCAGGCUAUAAUAUUGCAGGUUGCCAAAGCCAUCGAAUAUCUGCAUCGGCAACACAUCAUCUACAGGGAUUUGAAAUCUGAAAACGUACUCGUCUGGGAAAUGCCGCCACCGUUUGUAGAUCAUCCAGAUCAUCCGGUGCACAUCAAAGUUGCUGAUUACGGUAUCAGUCGCCUGACCCUUCCGUCUGGUACAAAAGGAUUCGGCGGUACAGAAGGCUUUAUGGCUCCGGAAAUUAUGAGAUAUAACGGAGAAGAGGAAUAUACGGAAAAAGUAGACUGUUUCUCAUUCGGCAUGUUUAUCUAUGAACUACUAACUCUGCAUCAACCAUUCGAGGGGCAUGAGUCUGUGAAAGAAUGUAUAUUGGAAGGCGGAAGGCCGCCUUUGACGUACAGGGAAACCCUCUAUCCAAGCUACUUCUUAGACUUGAUGGUUAUCUGUUGGUCCCAACAACCUAAAGAUCGACCGUCAGCUAGCCAAAUUGUGUCUAUAGCCAGUGCACCUGAAUUUACCCAUUUAUGCGACGUAGUGUCAUUGAAACAUCAAGCUGCUGUCGUUGCGUCUACAAGUGCGGCGCUUACUCACAUAACAGAUGAUGGCUUAUCGGGCUCGGAGAUGUGGCUAAUGUGUGCCAAUUCUCGGAUAGAUUUACUGUUGGCAGCAGAGCGAGGAUGGUUACAGUAUCAUACAAUGACAUUAUCAAUAAGAGCUACUGCAGCUUGCACUGUGGGUGAUUCCGUAUGGAUAGGAGAUUAUGUGGGAAAAAUCCACGCAUAUUCGGCGAAUGAUGGUAGGAGGCUAUUUUUCUAUACGCUGGAAAAUGAACCCAAUACUCAAGUAGAAUCUCUUUUAUACAUACCAAACCUCAAAAGAGUGGCGUGCGCUCUGUCGAAUGGUAGACUAUUCCUUGUAAACUCUGAAGCAAGGCCGAUGACACCAACUGCGGCAGAGGGCACGUUUGUAAUGACAGAGCUCAGUUCAACAUCUGUGAUUAAUUGUAUGUGUGCCGUCAUCAGUGAAGAAACUAGCACAUGCGAGUUGUGGUGUGGAGAAUCAGACGGUCAAAUUUCGGUGUAUAUUAUAAAAGACCACGUUGUCAUGGGUCACGAUAUUCUGAACCACUACCACCCAAUGAUAGAAAAAGUGGACGUGAUGAAUCUGAUUUCGUUGGGAACGAAUGUCUGGUCAUACGUCAGACCGGGAUGUAUAGUAUACCAAUGGGAUUCUAAAAGUAAAACCAUAAUAAACAAGCUGGACUGUUCAAAGCUGGUACCGUGUUCUGAGAGCCUGAAGUCCAUUGCUAUUGAAGAACAUCUCAGUCCUACUAAUUGUCAGGUCACCAGUCUCGUUGCAUUAAACAAUGAGUUAUACAUAGGCACCACUUGGGGCUGUAUAAUCAUAGCAGAACGAGCUACACUACGUCCCAUUACAAUUUUUCGUCCGUAUGAAGAAGAGGUUAGGGCGAUAGUUCCAUUGAUGAUGGGAAAAAGUACCAGUGACGUCCAUGAAAAUGCUCCAUUAAUCGCCACCAUUGGAAGAGGCUAUAGGAAUCUUUUGUCAAGGUAUACAGACGUACCAAUGGUUGUCGGCACACCUCUUCCCAGUCCUGUGAUGGGUGCCAGUUCUUUAGCCACCAGGUCAAAUAUGUUUGUAUUAUUAUGGAAAGCUGAACAUUGGAGUGCUGUCUGAGUUGAAAUAUAUUGUCUUUUUUUUUCUCAGACCGCGAAAUACUGUUUUUCGACUGAUUUUCAUUUUGAAUAUUUGAAUUUCUGUGAUCUUAUUAGCAUUAUUGCAAUCUAUAUGGAUAAAUUUUAUGUUACGAGUUGUGACUGAUAGAGCUUCUAUGUCUACUAUAUUUACUGAUAAUAUAUGAACAAAUCAUUGAAUUCAUAGAGAGAAAACUAAAUUUUGACAAAAGAUCAAGCUGGAUUUGGAAAACAUAUUCUUCAGAGACAGCAAUCCAAACGGUAGUGAAAGACUUGAGAAGAAGUAUAGAUGAGAAAGAAUGAACUGUAACAGUAUUUUUAGACUUCAAAAGGACAUUUGAGAUUUUAGAUAAAGAAAAAUUGUUAAUGAAAUUACAUCCCUGUGGUUUUAAAAGAUCAGCAUUAAACGUUUUACAACAUUAUUCAGUAAAUAGAAGUCAAAAAACUAAUAUUGGAAGUAUGUCAAGCAUUCAAAAUAUAUCAGUAGGGGCGCCACUGGGGAGUAAAUUUAAAAAAAAUAAUUAGGUGAUUAAACAUAACAUUUAGCAACAAUCUCGCCUAUUGCUGAUAAUGAGAUAUUUCAUCGGAAGCUAGAGAAUAAAGUUACAAGAGUACACUUUGCACUGAUUUGACGAAGUACCCAGUAAAAGCUGAAGCUUUUUCUCACUUAACUAUACAGGGUGUCCGCAAAGUUGAGGUUUUCCUUUUCAGAAACAACUACCCUUGAAAUAAUAAAGGUAAUGUGUAGUGAAACGAGGGCGACCAAGUAAAAAAAAAUAAAGGAAAAUGUUCUCACUCUCCAGUUGACGAGAAGGGCUAAGUACGUCUCUGCCCGAAAUCAUACCGCUCCAACAGAAAAUGAAAUCAUCUGAUGCGCUACCGAGCAGACGCACCAUGCCAGCCCAAACAUUCACCGAAAAUGUUUGUUGAAAAUGUGCCCGACGGACAGCGUGCGGAUUUUCUACUGACCAAACAUGAGUGUUGCGAAAGUUAUUCACCCCAUUACGCGUGAACGUAGAUUCGUCUGUCACCAAUAUGCACUUCAAAAAGUCCGGAUUAUUGUCAUGUUGAUACAACAACCACUCAUAAAACCGCACUCUUGCUGGAAAAUCGUCAGGUUGAAGGGCUUAUACACAUUGGACGUGAAACUGAUACAGCCCCUCUUCACGCAGCGUUUGCCACACUUUAGUUUUUGAUACUUGCACUUCUCUAGCCACGUCUCUAGUGCUUGUUGAGGGAUUCUCGUCUACGCGAUUACGUCGCGUGACCGUAACCGUCGGUUGAAGGUUGCAUACUGACCUGACACACUGACCCCGACCCCCGACCCAGUUCUGUCGUUGAGUCAGUGACAUUGUA